AACUCUGCCUCGCUCACUCGUCGUCCGGCGCGCGUCCGAAAAGUAGGAGUUGCUCUCCUCUUCCUUUUGUUAACCCGUUUCUCUCACACACCAAACCACCCGACACAAAAUGUCUGGUCUUGCGGAUCCAGUUGCCUUCGCCAAGGAUUUCGUGGCUGGCGGUGUGGCCGCCGCUAUCUCGAAAACGGCGGUCGCCCCGAUCGAGCGUGUAAAGCUGUUGCUGCAGGUACAGCACAUCUCCAAGCAAAUCCCUGAGGACCAGCGUUACAAGGGUAUGGUAGAUUGCUUUGUGCGCAUUCCAAAAGAACAGGGAUUCCUCAGCUACUGGCGUGGUAACUUCGCCAAUGUCAUCAGAUACUUCCCAACUCAGGCUUUGAACUUUGCCUUCAAAGACAAGUACAAACAGAUUUUCCUUGGUGGUGUGGACAAGAACACCCAGUUUAUGCGCUACUUUGUUGGUAACCUUGCCUCUGGUGGUGCUGCUGGUGCCACUUCUCUCUGCUUUGUCUACCCGCUUGACUUUGCCAGAACUAGGUUGGCUGCUGAUGUAGGCAAAGCUGGAGGUGAACGUGAAUUCUCAGGUCUUGGUAACUGCUUGUCGAAAAUCUUCAAGGCUGACGGUAUUGGUGGACUCUACCGUGGAUUCGGUGUAUCCGUCCAGGGUAUCAUUAUCUACCGUGCUGCCUACUUUGGUUUCUAUGACACUGCCCGCGGUAUGCUGCCGGAUCCUAAGAAGACACCAUUCCUUGUCUCAUGGGGUAUUGCUCAGGCUGUAACCACCGUUGCCGGUAUUGUAUCCUAUCCAUUCGACACAGUACGUAGGCGUAUGAUGAUGCAGUCUGGCCGCGCCAAAUCCGAAAUUUUGUACAAGAGCACCAUUCACUGCUGGGGAACUAUUUACAGACAGGAAGGUGGUAAUGCCUUCUUCAAGGGAGCAUUCUCCAACGUCCUCCGUGGUACCGGUGGUGCGCUCGUGUUGGUACUUUAUGACGAAAUUAAGAAUCUCCUUUAAAACCUCAAAAUUGAACAUCACCUCAUUACCUUCACAAUCACAAUUGCAAAAGUACCAUCGUUAUUACCCUCACCAUCCGAUUUGAAAGCAGUUAUCAGACCGAGUGAAUCCCAGACUGGAAAACAGUAUACAUGCUGUCGAGAAAUUCAGAAACGAUUCAGACUGAGGUGUUUCGCUAACAACCUGUGAAAUGCAUGAAACUCGGCAGACUACGUAUCUCAAUUGUAGAAGAGAAUUCGCUUAAUUUAUUGCCGGAUUCAGUAUUUUCUUGCAGCGGUUCACAUGUGCUAUUUUCAUAUUCCAUUCUCAUAAAAAGCGAAGGGUACAAGAUAUAUUUACAAUAUAUCUGUGGAACUAAGGAUACAGAAUUAACAGCAUGAUGGGUAUAUGAAAUGUUUAAUACAUGUGGUUAAGUAGACGAUGGUUGGGACACUAAGUAGUGAAAAGAAUUAUCUCAAAAAAAAAAUGAGCGUAUAAAUACAAUUGUACGAGAGAAGGACGCGCGACGAAAUAUCAUUACGGCGAUGGCGGGGCGCGUAGACAUGGGCCGCCCCCCGCCCUUAUUCUCGGCCCGUUGUAGAUAAUUAAUAAAGUAUCAUGAUGUCAGUGAAGUUCAUCGAGGUUCAGUGAACAGUAAUUUAAUUUCGCACUACAGACAACAAUGUGUAAGAUAAUGAGAAGCGUUACUCUGUGCGUGUGCAUCUAAUCUGUUCAUUUUAAGAUGCAUCCAGAGAAAACAGCAGAAUCAAUAAAAGUAAUCUAAAAUUUCG